AUGCAAACACAUUCUUUCGAACUCUUUCCUGAUCGUGGGUUAAUUCACAUUUUCUUAUUUAGUGAAGUAAAAAAUUCAUCCGAAUUAAGAAAACGGUUAUUAUCUCACGAUACGGAGUUAUCUUAUGCUUUCAUUAAUGCUCGAAUACUUGAUGUCUUUCAAUUAUUAAUUGCCAUUAAUUGUGCUUUACAUAAUGAAAAAUGUUCAAUAUUAAAAACUCGUAAUAUAAAUUCGGAAAUUGUAUAUAAUCUUUCUCCCAAUACAAAUAUCAAUGAAGCAUUAAGAAGGUUUGGAAUUUCCGAUGAUUCAACUAACAUUAUUGUUGUUAAAGUUGGAGGAGAAGCUAAUGAGAUAAAAUCCCAUCUAACUUCAUUAAUUCAAGGUACGGAAACUUCAUUAGAAAAUCUUUUUAAAUUUGGUGAUUUGGGAAUUAUCAAAAAAUAUUAUAGAGUUGAUAAUAAGGUUAAUGAUGUUAAAGAAAUUUUAAAUAUUAUUGUUGGAUCUAUGGCUGUUAAAAUUGAGAUUACAGCAGAUCCUAUAUCAAAUCCUCUAUUAGCAUCAGGAGGAUGUUCUGUGUACUUUAAAAAAACUUUAUCAAAAUUAAUUGAUAAAGUGGUUAAGGAAUUUGGUGAUAAAAUGAUUUUGGCUUCAAUCACAUUUGGUCUAAAUCGAUCAACUGCUGGUUGA